AUGGCGAAUAAGGUGCUGAUGACCUUUGUGGUCGCCGAUAUCAUCUUCGUCAUCACCGGAGCGCUGCUUCUGGGUUUCGCCCUCAUUAACCAGAACCUCAUUAACGAGGCGCCGACGGAAGGAGCCCAAGCUGUUAUGCGUCUGCUCACGGCCCAAUUUCCACUGACAGCCGGUAUUGCCAAUGCCGUCUUCAUCUUCGUUACUUUCCUCUCCACGAUCCCCGGCAUGAUCACGCCGACUCGUGGCUGGCUUAAGAUUUCGGGUUACCUGACCACCUUCUGCGGUCUCUUCAGUCUGGUUCUUGGUGUUUACCUUUGGGUUCUCACCCUCACCACCAAGAACGACUUUGGCAAGACGUGGAAUGUCCAGGACCCUCGUGUCCAGGAACUUAUGCAGACUGCUUUCAAAUGCUGCGGAUACUUCAACAGCACGUCACCCGCCUUCGUCACCGACGCCCAAUGCCCGAGUCCCGCCGCCGCCGCCCUGCAGCGUGGUUGCGCAACCCCGAUCACGAGUUUUGCCAACAUCUUCGUCGACAACAUUUUCACCGCCGUCUUUGGUAUGGUCGGUAUCGACGCCAUGCUCAUUGUCAGCAUCGCUAUGCUGCUCAAGGAUCGCAAGGAACGCGAACGUUACCGCCACAUCGACGAGAAGGCCGGCUACCGCGGUUUCUAA